CAGUAUCCCGCUCUCGGAAGAGCUGCUGGAGAAGUUUGGUGGCCGCUAUGUGGUGAAGUAGCUUCCUGGGAGACGGGGUGGUGGUGGUGAUGGCGAUGGAGGAGGCGGCCCUCAGCCGUGGUUGGGGGACUUGCAGUCGAUGUAGGACGGAGAUAACGAGCAAAGCAAGAACUGGCCAGCUGGCGGGUUUGCAAUGCAAGGAGAGAGGGUGGACUUAUCUUUCACAAGUUCUAGGGAUGCCAACCUCCAGGUGGGGCCUGUAGAUCUCCCGGAAUUGCAACUGAUCUCCAGAAAACAGAUCAGUUCCCCUGGAGAAAAUGGCUGUUUCGAGAGUGGAUUCUAUGGCACUGUACCCCACUGAAGCCCCUCCCCAGGCUGCACUCCCGAAUCUCCAGAAAUUUCCAAACCCAGAGCGGCAACCUUACUUGAGGAGCGAAGGCUUUGAUGGUUGUACUCUGUGUAUUUGGAAGGCUUUAUUUUCUGCAAAGUACGUUACAGUCAGUUGCACUGCUGGAAUGAGCAGUUAAGACGUGUCUUUGGGAGAAGUGUCCCUUCAUUUCCUCCAAAGUUUUACCUUGCGAUGACGAAAUCAAUGGCGGAUGAAAGGAGGGCCCAGUUAGAACAAUAUCUACAGAAUGUGUCGAUUGAUACAACUGUUACAAACAGUGAUGUCUUUAUUAGUUUCUUUAGGAAAUUGCAAUUGGAUACAUUUAAACUCCAAAUCCAACAAGCCUUUCUAGAUGUUUACCUUGCUGAUGGGAGGCAUCUGAGAAUAGACAUUCAGACGUCAGACACUGCUGAAAGAGUGCUAGAGGUUGUGUCCUAUAAGAUAGAGCUCUCAAGAGAACUAAUGGGGUAUUUCAGUUUAUUUCUUAUUCAGGAUCACAACGAUGGGCAGCUUUCUGUGUUGAAAAAACUGGCAGAAUUUGAACUUCCCUAUGUGAGUCUUCGGGGUGUGAAAGACUCUUCUUGCAAGAUUGCGAUCAGAAAGUGGUAUAUGGACCCUUCCCUUGAUAAAAUGCUUAUGGAUUGUAGACCUUCUGUGAACUUACUUUAUAUACAGGCGCUGCAGGAAAUGGAGAAGAAGUGGAUAACACCCAGCGUUGGACAGAUGCAGAAGCUUCAGAUGCUACAAAAAGCACUAAACAAAAUUAAAUUUUUAGAGCUAGUUCAGGAGGUGCAGCACUACGGAUACACACAACUGGACCCUUGCUCCUGUAACUAUCCAGAAGUGGGAUGCACUGCAGCUAUUCACGUGGGAAAUAACGAGAUUAGCUGCUGCAUAAAGUUGCCUAGUAACCAGAUCGAAGAGGUCAGCUUCAAGAUCAGCAGGGUGAAGUGCUGGCAAGUCACAUUCCUAGGAUCUCUUUCAGGUCAAGGGCUUGAUGAGAUCUUGGAACUCAGGUUCCAGUACAAUGAUUCUGACACAUGGAGGUGGAUUGCCUUUAACACAAAGCAGGCAUUUCUCCUAAGUACUUGCUUAAAAAAAAUAAUAUCGGAGCAGCUGAUGAUGACAACCAAAAGGAAUCAAGAAAGGCAGAUUGAGCUGCCUGACGCAGGUAAAGCUAAGAAGCAAAGCAUUCAUCCGGGCCAGAUAUUUCAUUCUGGUUUUAUGCCAAGAAAAAGGCUGUCAAGUAGACCAAAUGAGGAUGACUGUGUGUUUGAGAAGAUAAGAGAAGAAGAUUUGUGAUCUACACCGUGAUAGUUGUUUCUCUUCUUCUUAUAAGGAACAGCCCAUAAAAGUGUGUAGCUUGCUUUGAUUGCCAGGGAGCACUCUUCGUUUUCCUUGAGAUAUAUAACAUUUUUGGUUUUGAUAAUUCAGAGCAUCAGUUCGCCACUCCUGGGAACCAUAAGUUGUACAAGUUGGAACAAGAAAUGUAAAUAUGUUAUGCAUAUAUUAGGUUUUAUUAAAGAUCCUGAGCUUUAGAAAUAGACACAUUUGACAUGAAUAAAAAUAAUUUAUUUUUCAAAAUUCUGGGAUUUUGGCAAACAAAUGUGGCUAUUGCAUUGUUCUCCACAGUUCCAUUCCAUGGAACACAAACUAUAAGAGAACUACACAGCUACAUUUCCAUGACUUCAGACGUUGGGGUAAAUUAUGUAUUGUGCCAGAUCUUUUGCAAGUGAAAGAUUAAAUGGCCUAAACAUUUUGGAUAUGACAUAUUAAUGAAACAAUGGGAAAAUAUGUGAUCAAAAUGGUUGAAAUUUACAUUAAGUUCUAGUCUUUAAGAGAAUUUUUAUAAGGUGAUAUAUCAUUGGUAUAUGACUCCUGAGAAACUGGCUGAAAUGUACAGGGAUACUUCGAGUCUAUGCUGGAAAUGCAAACAAGAAAAAAACAUUUUAUCAUAUGUGGUGGACUUGUAAGAAAGCAAAAAGAUUUUGGAUACAAAUACAACUAUUAAUCCAGAAGAUUUUAAAGACUGAUAACAGUUGAAACCAGAGUCUUUUCUUUUGGGAUUGAUGGACACUCAGCUGGAAAAGAAGUCAUGGAACUUUGUUUUUGUAUAUAACAAUGGCAGCGAGAUUGUUAUAUGCACAAAACUGGAAGAGUCCAACAUUGCUACAAUGGAGAAUGUUGGCAUUUACAACGAUGGCAAAACUUACUUCAUUGAUUAGAGAAAAGACAGUUAGUUUUAUUGUUGACUGGAAACCCUUUAUAGACUUUUUGCAUGAAAUAAAUAGUAAUGAUUUGAUGAUCUGUGGAAUAAGAAAUUUCAACAUUAGAAAAAAGAGGGCUUUUCUUUGUAAUGGGAGAGUAAAAGAAAAUUUGAUAAUUAUAUUUGUAACGGAGAAAAUCCGAAAACUCUUUUUAGUUCGUAUAGUUUCUUUGUUUUGUUAUGUUUAGUUGUCAUUCUUUGUUUUGUUAUUCUCUGUGUAGUUUUCUUUCUUGUUAGUUUAUUUCCUUUAUAUAAAAUUCAUAAUAAAAAACUUAGUAGGUAUA